AUGUUGUACGAGAAGGUUCAACAGACCGAUGUGGACAACAGCGACGCCGAGAAUAAUGGCGGACACGGGGACAUACAGCAUGCCUGGCUUUGGGAAACAAGUCACAAAGCAUAUGGCCCGCGCAGGCUCAUCAACGACCUCGCCAUAAUUGGCCUCUUGGUCUUAUUACUCGUCAAUACAUUAGCGCUGUGGCAUUUCAACACGACUAAGCGCAGCAGCAGCGAGCAGUACUUUGGACUCGAUAGUUAUAGCGACACAAGCGACUCAAACGAGACCAUAAGCACUUACGGCUUCGACCAGCGCUACAUGACAUUGAGUGCGAAGUACGAUCAUCUCUGGGACGAUAUGUUGCCGGAAGAUAGCAGCAUCGUAAAGUUGCCCGAUACUGCUGACGGCGAUACCUCGAUUGGCGCAAUUGCGAUGUUCCAUCAGCUCCACUGCCUUGCAUGGCUGAGAAAAUCGUUGCAAAGGGCACAAGACGGAGAAGACAUCGGAACAGACCUGCGAGACAAUAGCCACUGGCCUCAUUGCUUGGACUAUCUGCGCAUGACGUUCCUAUGCCAGGCAGAUUUUACGAUUGAAAGGCCACCAGUGAUCAAUGGCACACUGCGUCCGGAUGGGAUCGAUGGAGCUGAUGACAUUCGUCACUGCAAGCCCAACAAAGCUCUCUUCGACUACCGUGCAGCAUACGGCGCCGAGCGUUUCUCUUAG